CCGGGCGGCCGCGGCAGGCGGGGUCGGCGCGGCCGCGGCGGGGUCCGGGCUAUUCCGGGGCCUUCACGGGAGAGGCCCGGCCGGCGGCGCGGGAAACUUGGCGUCCGCGCGCGCCGCCGCUUCCCCGCGGCUGUCCCUAGACGGCCCCGGGCGUCGCCGAGAGCCCCGAGGAGCGGCUGGGGCGUCGUGGGCCCCGCGGGUCUGAGGGCUGCCUCCCUCUAACGGCUGUGGACGAAUGUCACUUCGAAACACUUUUGCUGGUUAGCCUAGAACUUACUCUCAGGAAAAUCUAUCAUCAUUAAAUGAGUAUUUUUGAAAAUCAACCAUCAUUGAAUUACAGUGAUUCCUAUUUUGAAAGACCUGAUGGCCAAAAGAAAGGAAGAAAAUUUCUUCUCUCCUGAAAAUGCUAAAAGACCAAGACAAGAAGAUUUUGAAGAUUUUGAUAAAGAUGGUGAUGAAGAUGAAUGUACAGCUUCUUUCACUAAUGGCACCUCUGCUUUGACUGCAGCAGAAGUUGGAAUAAUUGAAAGUAUCGAGCUGAGAAACUUCAUGUGCCAUUCAAUGCUUGGACCUUUUAAAUUUGGUUCUAAUGUUAACUUUGUCGUUGGUAACAAUGGAAGUGGGAAGAGUGCAGUACUUACAGCUCUUAUAGUUGGUCUUGGUGGAAAAGCAGUUGCUACUAAUAGAGGAUCUUCUUUAAAAGGUUUUGUGAAAGAUGGACAGAACUCAGCAGAUAUCUCAAUCACAUUAAGGAACAGAGGAGAUGAUGCCUUUAAACCAAAUGUGUAUGGUGACUCGAUAAUUGUGCAACAGCAUAUCAGCAUGGAUGGGAGUCGAUCAUAUAAACUAAAAAGUGGAAAAGGUGCUGUGGUAUCUCAAAGGAAAGAAGAAUUGGUUGCAGUUCUUGACCAUUUUAAUAUCCAGGUGGAUAAUCCAGUUUCAGUAUUGACACAAGAGAUGAGCAAGCAGUUCUUGCAGUCUAAAAAUGAGGGUGAUAAAUACAAAGUAAGAGGUGCCAAAUUCUUUAUGAAAGCAACCCAACUUGAACAGAUGAAGGAAGAUUAUUCAUACAUUAUGGAAACAAAAGAAAGAACAAAGGAGCAGAUAAAUCAGGGAGAAGAGCGACUUACUGAACUAAAGCGCCAGUGUUUGGAAAAAGAAGAACGUUUUCAAAGUAUUGCUGGUUUAAGUACAAUGAAGACUAAUUUGGAGUACUUGAAACAUGAGAUGGCUUGGGCAGUGGUCAAUGAAAUUGAAAAACAAUUGAAUGCUAUCAGAGAUAAUAUCAAAAUUGGAGAAGAUCGUGCUGCUAGACUUGAUAGGAAAAUGGAAGAACAGCAGGUCAGACUUAAUGAAGCAGAAAACAAAUACAAGGAUAUUCAAGAUAAACUAGAAAAGAUUAGUCAAGAGACAAAUGCACGAGCACCAGAAUGUAUGGCAUUGAAAGCAGAUGUCACUGCUAAAAAAAGGGCCUAUAAUGAAGCUGAGGUUUUAUAUAACCGUUCCUUAAAUGAAUAUAAAGCGUUAAAGAAAGACGAUGAGCAGCUUUGUAAAAGAAUUGAAGAACUAAAAAAAAGUACUGAUCAGUCUUUGGAACCUGAGCGGUUGGAAAGGCAAAAGAAAAUAUCUUGGUUAAAAGAGAGAAUAAAGGCCUUACAUGAUCAGGAGAAUUCCGUCAAUCAAGAGAUUGAACAGUUUCAGCAGGCCAUAGAAAAGGACAAGGAAGAAUAUGCCAGAAUUAAGAGAGAAGAAUUGGAUGUGAAGCAUACACUGAACUAUAAUCAGAUACAACUGAAAGAAUUGAAAGAUAGUAAAACUGAUCGACUGAAAAGAUUUGGCCCUCAUGUUCCAGCUCUUCUUGAAGCAAUAGAUGAUGCUUAUAGACGAGGACAUUUUACCUACAAACCUGUAGGCCCUUUAGGAGCUUGCAUUCAUCUUCGGGACCCUGAGCAUGCUUUGGCUAUUGAAUCGUGCUUAAAAGGACUUCUGCAAGCCUAUUGUUGCCAUAAUCAUGCUGAUGAAAGGGUACUUCAGACACUGAUGAAAAGAUUUUAUUCGCCAGGGACCUCUCGACCACAAAUACUAGUUUCUGAAUUUCGGAACGAGAUGUACGAUGUAAGACACAGAGCUGCUUAUCAUCCAGAGUUUCCCACGGUUCUGACAGCUUUAGAAAUAGACAAUGCAGUUGUUGCAAAUAGCCUGAUUGACAUGAGGGGCAUAGAGACAGUGCUGCUGAUCAAAAAUAAUUCAGUAGCUCGGGCAGUAAUGCAGUCCCAAAAGCCACCCAAAAAUUGUAGAGAAGCUUUUACCGCUGAUGGUGAUCAGGUUUUUGCAGGACGUUAUUAUUCAUCUGAAAAUACAAGACCUAAGUUCCUAACCAGAGAUGUGGAUUCUGAAAUAAGUGAUUUGGAAAAUGAGGUUGAAAAUAAAAAGGCGCAGAUAGUAAACCUUCAGCAACAUUUGUCUGCCCUUGAAAAGGAUAUUAAACGCAACGAAGAAUUUCUUAGAAGGUGCCAACUGCAUUACAAAGAGCUAAAGAUGAAAAUCAGAAAAAAUACUUCCGAAAUUCGAGAAUUGGAGAAUAUAGAAGAACACCAAUCUGUAGAUAUUGCAACCUUGGAAGAUGAAGCCCAAGAAAAUAAAAGUAAAAUGAAAAUGGUUGAGAAAAAUAUGGAGCAACAAAAAGAAAAUAUGGAGUAUCUUAAAAGUCUAAAAAUAGUAGCAGAAAAUAAGUAUGAGGCAAUUAAAUUAAAAAUUAAUCAACUGUCAGAACUAGCAGAUCCACUUAAGGAUGAAUUAAACCUUGCUGACUCUGAAGUGGAUAAUCAAAAACGUGGGAAGCGGCAUUAUGAAGAUAAACAAAAAGAACACUUAGAUACUUUAAAUAAAAAGAAAAGAGAACUGGACAUGAAAGAAAAAGAACUAGAGGAGAAAACGUCGCAGGCAAGACAAAUCUGCCCAGAGCGGAUAGAAGUAAAGAAAUCUGCAUCAAUUCUAGACAAAGAAAUUAAUCGAUUAAGACAAAAGAUACAGGCAGAACAUGCUAGUCAUGGAGAUCGAGAGGAAAUAAUGAGACAAUACCAAGAAGCAAGAGAAACCUAUCUUGACUUGGAUAACAAAGUAAGAACUUUAAGAAGAUUUAUCAAAUUAUUAGAAGAAAUCAUGACCCACAGGUACAAAACAUAUCAACAGUUUAGAAGGUGUUUGACUUUACGAUGCAAAUUGUACUUUGACAACUUACUAUCUCAGAGAGCCUAUUGUGGAAAGAUGAAUUUUGACCAUAAGAACGAAACUCUUACUAUUUCAGUUCAGCCUGGAGAGGGCAAUAAAGCUGCCUUCAAUGAUAUGCGAGCCCUGUCCGGAGGCGAGCGGUCUUUCUCCACUGUGUGCUUCAUUCUUUCCUUGUGGUCCAUUGCUGAAUCCCCUUUCAGAUGCCUGGAUGAGUUUGAUGUCUACAUGGAUAUGGUUAAUAGGAGAAUUGCAAUGGACAUGAUACUUAAGAUGGCAGAUUCCCAGCGUUUUAGACAAUUUAUCUUGCUUACACCUCAAAGCAUGAGCUCACUUCCUUCAAGUAAACUGAUUAGAAUUCUUCGGAUGUCUGACCCAGAAAGAGGACAGACUACGUUGCCAUUCCGACCUGUGACUCAAGGGGAAGAAGAUGACCAAAGUUGAUAUGGAACUUGACAUUUCUUGUCUUCAUGUUGAAAGAUUUGUAAAGGGAAGAAAAUUCUGGACUAUGACAUAAUAAAAUGAGACUGGAAUAAAAGAAACUCCUUUAUAUCUCUGUCUACAAUAAAAUGUCUAAACAAGCCUAGAAGUGCAAGUACAACCAGCAAUUUUAAAUUACUAUUACUUUCCUUUGAGAAAUCAAUUUCAUAGUACCGUUUUUCAAUCUUUUUAAGUUUUUUUUCUUACCAUCUACUUUUAUAGAUUCUUUUUCAGAAGUAAAAUUUUGUACAUAUGCACAUGUACAUAUCUGUUCGGUUUGGGUUCAUUUAUAUAGUAUUUUGUAAGAAUUAAAAUAAAAGUUUAAGCACCUGA